GGGAAAGUGAGAGAACGAAUCAACAUCUCUGCUUUCUCCAGAAGAUGAUAUUACUUUUGGGUCAAUUUAGCUUUAUAACGUCUUCCUCCUUCCUUCACAUAAAACAAGAACACCACAACACAAAAUAAAAAUAUUACUCUUCUUCUUGGAAAAAGGUGGAAUUCAUUCUUGAAUCCUAGAAAAUUCCAUUUAGAAGGAGAGGAGAGAGAGAGAUAGAGACAUACUAGCUCAUCUCUAUAGCCAUUAAAAUAAAUCAGAGAGUUCAAGUUUUUAAGCUAUGGCGAUGUUCAAAACCUUAUCCUUUAUGUUCCUUUUAUGCUUUGAGAUACUACAUGGAACCAUGUCUGCAGAUGUGAAUUCCACCUUUUCUUUCAAUGGGUUUGUAAAAUCUCCGAGCUUUGACAAGACUGUUGCUCUGUUCGGAGAUUCGAAGCUGGUCAAUGACAGUUCUUCGAUUCAGCUGACUGACUCAGUGAGUGGAAGUGUGGGACGAGUCUUUUACAGGCAACCCAUCAAUCUUUUCCAAGGUAAAGAGAGGACUUCGAGAUCUUUCUCGACUCACUUCUCGUUUUCUUCCAUGUCCAGUGAGAUUGGUGAUGAUGUCUUGGCUUUUCUUAUGGUUCCAACUAGUUUCGAUCUUAGUCUGUUUGGUAAGAGGGAUAACAAUUCCUCUGCUUUAGGGUUUCUAUCACAUUAUGCAAAGAACGAGACAGUUGUUGCUGUUGAGUUUGAUAUCUCCGAGAGUGGAAACUAUGCAAGAAUCUUAAUUGGUAGACCUGAAUCUGCCCAAAUUAGAAACCUUUCGUUUGUGGGUGACUUGAUGAUGAACAAUGGAGAGGCUUUGAGCUGUAUGAUUGAUUACGAGGCAAGUUCUAAGAGAAUGAUGGUUCGAUUCAGAAAAUCUGGUUCGAUAAAGCUGUUUGAUCCGUUCUUCUCUUUCUCGGUAGACUUGGCCAAGCUAUGGGAAGAUGGUCAAGUCACUGUGGGUUUAAGCUCUGCCAAUGGGAACUCUUCCAAGGCACAUUUUCUCCAUUCAUGGAGCUUUGAGAUAAGGCAUCCUCCUCCUAUGUGGAUGCAUUCAGAGCCACUUGAACCGAAUGAAGUUUCCACGGAGGAGAAAGAGGGUCGAGAGGGAAGUGAGUGUAUAUGGAAAAUGCUUGGUGCUUUGGUUUUGGGUGCAGCUUGUGGAUCUUUAGGAGCAAUAUUGGCUUUGUAUCUCUGGAAGAUAUGCCGUGUUAGGCGGUCAAUGGCGGUGGUUCCAGAGGAAUGUGCUAUUGAACAAGGCAAGAAGUAGUCACUAGUUUGGUCUUGAAAAGUUUUCCUGUGUUGUGGUGUAAAUGUAGGAUCUAUAAACUGUAGUAUCCUUCUGUUUGUCAAAAAAAACUGUAGUAUCCUUCUUUUAUGACUUUUCAUAUGUAAAAUCUAAACUGUGAGAGAUGUAAGCUUAUUGAUAUGUUGCAAAAUUAACUUAGUUGUUGAUGUUGUUCUUGAUCCAUUUGGAUUAUGAGUUGUGCAUUUAUCAUCUUUUCUGUUUCUGGAUUGCAAUGAAGAAUUAGGACCAACUUUGUCUU